AUGGCUACCACGCAGUCAAGUACGUGCCAAUGCCUUGGGGUUCAUGGAGGGAUCGUCCCUGCUAACGGUCUCCGCGUAGAUCCCGCAUCCACCUCGCCCACAACGUCGACUUCCGCCGCCACCGGGCUGCGACGAAGUUGUAUAUUUUGCCGUGCGCGCAAAAUCCGUUGCUCCGGCGGUCAUAUAUGCAGUGCAUGUCGCGAACGCAAUAUCAACUGCGUGUACGGGCCCGAGGCCCGCAAAGGCCGCCCUCGGCGCAAACCGUCCAGCCUCGAUCGUUCGCAACGACUCUCGCCGCCCACCAGCAACCCCGGCGACGCAGAUUCGGGCGUGAACACGCCGACUCGGCGUCAUCUGAGUCCCCUCGAUGCCGACCGCACCCUGGGUCAGGACUUGGAGCAGAUGUUCACCGAAUACUUCAUCCAGCAAUCCGGGUCCCGCUCCAAUCUGUUCCAGAAUUCCAUCGCCGCAUUCCAUCGACAAAUGGGCCGUUCGUCGCCCAGCCAUUCGUCGCCAGAGUCGCGGGCGUGGCUGCACUACGAGGGUCUCUUGUCCUUCUUGGCCCAUGACAUGGUCGAAAUGCUACUGGGCCUCAGCAGCCUAGGAUGCGAGCGACCCCGCGCCGCCAACCGAAGUUUUUAUAUUACGAGCCUGGCCGCCGAUACCACCUGCGAGAUGUUUGACUCACCUCUCACGAUGAAAAACCCCUUAUCGGUACUGGGGAAGUACAGGGUGCUCCAGAUGGUGGACCUCUGGUUUUCGAUGCAUCCCCUCUCCCCGGUGGUCUCCAAGACGCUGCUGAUCAGCGAGAUCAAGGACGAAACCGUGGACCCGGCCCUGCUGGCAAUCAUCCUGGCCGACGCCUGCCAGGUGCAUCACGGUCCCCAGGCUCGGACGCGCGAACGCCAAGGCCCGGGGGCCGAUCAGGAAGACCCGGCCACGCUGAUUCGGUUUGCCGCCAAUCACCUCCGACCGCGCGCGGCGUUGUGCGGCGAUUCGGAUCCGCUGUCCACGGCGCAGGCGCUGCUUCUCAUGGGCUGGCGAGAGCUCUGCCUGGGCAACGCACGCCGGGGCACCUGCUACGUAGGCUACACCUGUCGCAUCGUGUCUCGACUGCACAAGAUGUGGGCGGACGAGUCCUCGAUGGAGGUGGACAGCAUCAAGUUGAAUGGCAUUGACAUCGGGUUGGUGAAGCGGGAGAUCCUGCAGAACAUUUACUGGCUGUGUCUGUCGACCACGACAUGGUCCUUUAUGCAGAUCAAUCAACCGUUUUCGCUACUGCUGCCGGAGGAGAUCCCCGACUUCCCCAGCAUGGACGAGUCGCUCUCCCCGAGUCUCCGCCUCGACCGCGCCUCCGACAACAUCUCCACGCUGCAGGGACAGACGCGGACGAUGCAAUGGCUGUGGCCGCUUAGCCACAUAACCAGCACGGUGGCCCAUAUCUACACGCUUUUCCUCAACGUAUCCGGCAACGAUGAAACGCCGCGCACAGAAAUCGCCCCGUGGCAAACCCAGCACAUCCACGAGCUGCAUCAUCUGCCCCAGGCCUGUUUCGAUCCGUCCGUUUUGUCCCGACAUAUUCGGCGCAUUCUGCUGCAGGCCAUCCAGGCCGUCGAGCGAGAGGUCACGCACCUCCCCUCGCAGUCCUUCCUGUUGACCGCGUACCACACGAUCGUUAUCCAUAUGCUCUUUGCUCGGCAUCGACGAUGCCAUGAGUCUCCCCACGUCAACCCGGUCACCGUGCAUGCGUUUAUUCAAUCGGCCACCGCACUGCUGGCCAUCGCACAGCGUUCGCCACUCGUUGACUCGAGUCCGGUCGCUUCGCCCCGCAUGAUGAGUGACAGGGGCGCGGACGUAAUGCGCACGCUCGCCCUCGGCCUAGAUACAUGUAGUCGCGCGCUGGCGCACAUUCACGGACAUUCUCAUCAAUGGAUGGGCGCAGGCGACGAGACUGACGCAGCCGCGAUCACAGCGCAACUCGCGGACUAUGCUCAUCAAAUGCACCAGCUUUGCAAGGGCGACUCCCUCCUCUCUUCCGGACCGGUGAUUCGGCCGGUCAAACGACGGUUCAAACAGCUGAAACAUGUCUUUUCCACUUCCCCGUCGCCAACCAACGGGAGAUCUCUACCUACGUCCGUUAUCGCCGACAGCGCCAGUCCCCUUUCGGUGUCGAUCGCCGACGAUGCACCGCCACUGGUGGCGGGUCGCUCAUCCGGGAUUUCCCUGACACAAUCAAUCGCCAGCCCGUCGCCGGCACUGUCUGAUUGUCCGGCCGAGGUCAUCGAUUCUUACUUCUUCCUCGGAGAUCCUGACAUGGGCUCUCUGCUCGGCCUAACCGGGUUCAUCAAGCCCGGGCCGGGCCCCCGGGUCGGUAUCCCGCCGUCUCGGUCGAGUCCAGCCGCGCACCCCACGCAGUCCCAUACGUCCAUGUUCCCUUCCAUGGACUUUCACGGUCGCGAUAAUCUCCCUUUCAGCAGCCCCGCAUCCGCCAGUGGACAGAUUGGUGCCGGCGUUCACUCCGUCGCAGAUCCUUACGGCGUACCCUUCCCUCAGGAACCCAGUCAGACCCCAAUUCAAACCCGUCACAUACCUUCGGAUUCGUUGGACUCGGUCCCGUCAGAGAAUGAGAUCGCGUCCCUGCGGACUACCGAAAAAGAAACUGUCUCCGAUCCCUGGGCUCUCCCGUCUUCAUGGCUGGAGCCAUUCGGCACUGGGCUUGGGAACGGGACGGAUGGAAUUUUCCGACCGUGA